AGAGAGAUCAUCUCGCCAUUUUUGAUCGCUAUCCAUAUAUCGAUGUACGCGUCUUUGUGUAGCUUUGCGUGCUUGUUUAUAGCUGUAGAUUGAGGUCUUUGCUACUGUAUUCGUGUGUAUUACAUGAUGAUCGUAGCGUGCAAGAACUACCUAGCACCCUUAACUAUGCUCUUAGAGUUCUAAAAUCAAUGGUUGUGUCGAUAGAAGAAGAUUAUAGAUUAAGUAGGAAUCUCUUUAAUUAGUUAUGAGCUUCUGAGAGGAGAAGAAUAAACUAAGUCACGUCUAGGCCUGAAUCAUCAAAGUGAGUUAAGCUCAGUAUCCUUUCUUUAACAUUUUCGCUACAAUUUGAUCCUACAGAGUUACUAGAAAGUUGUCUCGAGAAAUCGCAGUUCAAAUGAAAAGAAAUAUUACGGAGAGUUUUCUAUGAAGCAAAAGCCUUUCGACAACGUGACUUAGGAGUAUAACUGAUACUUCAUAGGAUGCCAAUGGACUACAGAAUGAAGAAAAGGUUUCAAAGCUCUAGGAGUAUGAUUAGGUACCAUCCGGAAUGCUUAGCCAUAAAAAGUGAAGGUCCUCACAAAACUUAUUUAGUCUAUCAGAUUUUUUGCAGCUACCUAUACUGAUCAUCUUGGUAGAGAAAAUUUGUUUAACAAAUAAACGAUCAUGCUGGAGUAAACAUUCUAAACAAUCGUAUAACGCCAACGACAGAUCUACUUAAUAUUUGUGGUUGUUUUAAUCCAAACAAUGACAUUUGUUAGGAGAGUGUAACUUUUUUUUUCAAAAUCAUCACCAAAAAUAUCUAUAGAAAUUCCGACUGACGAAGAAGUUUUUGAGAAUGUCUUGUGUUUUUUUGCCAAAUAAUCACUGUACGACACGAUACGAGCCACUAAUGACUCACAUCACUACGAACUGCUUAGUCGCAGUUGCUUGUAUUUGCUCGAGUAAUGUAUCUAGAUUAGUUAUUAAAACAUCAUGUUUUCCAUGUGAUUUCGAUUUAGUUUUCAUGUUCUAUUAAUGCUACAUUGUACUUUAUAAGCUUAUAUAUAUACAUAGAAAUCAUUCCACACUUAAUUAUUGACUUUUUCGUUUGUCCGUAUAUGUACAUGUCGUUGCGCAAUAUAUCAGAUGUACGCUGCUAUUGAAAAAAAAACAACUGUACUUAAGGAGUUUCGCUUCUCGAGUGAUUCGAGUGAAAUUGAUAGACGUGUGACUUCGAAUGGAGUUUUGUAUGCGAUCUUGUAUGAUCAUGUAUGACUCAUAUUUUCUAAAUCAUGCAUAUUUCGUUGAUGAUAAAACUUAUAUUAUCGUGUCCGAUUAUGUUCAUGAGAGAGUACCUGUUUUUAUACGUUUCAUACGAUCUAAUUCUUGCAAGAUUUUUUGCUGGAGUCUUUCAUUCAGAAUCUGAUAAAAUCUUAGAAAAAGUCAGCUUAUACAAUACUGUCGGAUCCUAUGAUAAGAUCAUAUAGAAAACCUUGUAUACGGAAGAUCUGACGACAGAUUUUCGACCUGGAUUGACAUAAUAUUAACGUCUUUAUUUCUUUGUCAGAAACACUUCACAAUGGCAAUUUCUUAUUUUGUUCUUUUUUUCCCUAGAUAGUUUAUUUUUUUUUGUCAGUGUACUUUGCUAUCAUUUGGAUUGUUGCCAGAAUAAGAAAGCAAGAUACUCAUAUAACAUAAGAAUAAAAUGGGAAAUGCCCAUCGUGAAAUAUUCUGACGAAAAAAAUCACGCAGCUGAUUUAGUGUCAAGAGUUUCCUCAUAUAAUAUCGUCAAAUUUCUAUGUAUAUAAACACUAGUUAAAACAUAUAUAAUUUAUUUUAAGAAGAUUUCGUAUCAACCAAUAACUUUCAGUAAAAUUAACUUUAUUAUCUGAUUAAUCACAAUGGCUCCUAUUAUACAACAUCUCGUCUUGGUUGUAUUUUUAUUUACUCUGAGUAAGUAGUUCUUUUCAGAGAAGAAAAAAAAUACAAUAAAUAAUUCAUUAAAAGUAAACUAUCCCAUUGGCGCAUAAGUUCUGAGAGUUUUUUUUUCUGGUUUAACAAUAACUUUAUUUUUUAACAAAGAUAUGCAACAUCAAUACGUCAAAACAACGUUUAUGUCAUUUAUCUGUCUGCAUGGGUACUUCGACAAAUCAGUAAAGUGCAGACAUACCAAGCAAACAAUUUCUUCUUGCUAGAUUCUUUUCUACGAGAUAAUCAGUUAAUAAUUAAUUAGUAAUAAAUUAGUUAAAGCUAACGUCAGAUUUCGAUUACUCACCUUCGAUUAGCUUUGGUCAAGUUUUAUGGAAAAUUAUUCUUGGACCAAUCAGUUAACUAUGGACACACAAGCAAACAAUUUAUUCUUCCUAGACUUUUCUCUACGAUCAUCCUACAAAAAAUUCUGCAUUCUCGUAAUUCCGAAUAAAAUUUUCAGAUCUCUAUAUUUUUCUAUCGAAAGCUUGCAUAGAAAAAUCUCCUUUCAGCAAUCUCCAGGUCUUGUUUUUUCGAGUCAAAAAGAUCUUGACAAGAACUGAAAAUGACAUAGAUGUAAGAAUCGUUAUGAAAUCCUUCUUUUUUUAUACGGAAUUAGGAAAAGACUUCUCUGAAUUUUUAUCUGCGGAAUGAGCAUUCUCAAAGACGAAUGUCAUAUUUGUAGUGUUUGCUCUCACGAGAGAUAGGAUCUCUUCGACAACGACGAUUCCUUUUCUUUUUCUCGUUCAUUGUAGUAAUUCCCAAUAUUCCAGUUGAUGCCCGAUGGACACAGAAUGGAGUGACUGUUGCUGGAGGUCAUGGAGAAGGCAAUGCCACCAAUCAACUUCACUGGCCUGAUGGUCUCUUCGUUGAUGAUGAUCAAACGAUAGUCAUCGCUGAUUGGGGCAAUAGUCGUAUCAUCCAAUGGAAGAUGGGUGAUACGAACGGAAAAGUAGUAGCUGGUGGCAAUGGCUAUGGAAAUCGAUUGGAUCAAUUGAGUGGACCAAUCGAUGUGUUGAUUGACAAAAAGACGAAUAGUCUCAUUAUUUGUGAUCGAUGGAAUAGACGAGUUGUACGAUGGUCUCGUCGUAGUGGUACAACACAAGGAGAAAUACUCAUCGACAACAUCAAUUGUUAUGGAUUGUUUAUGGAUGAUCAGAGAUAUCUCUAUGUCUCUGACAUCGUAAAAGAUGAAGUAAGACGAUAUCAAAUAGGACAUAAGAAUGGAAUUGUUGUGGCUGGUGGCAAUGGCAAAGAUGCUGGUCUCAAUCAACUCAACUGGCCGACCUACAUCUUUGUCGAUCAACAACAGAAUGUCUACGUGUCAGACGGCGGCAAUGGUCGUGUAAUGAAAUGGAAUAAAGGUGCAAAAGAAGGAAUUGUCGUCGCUGGGGGUCAAGGCCCAGGGAAUGCUCUGACACAAUUGCAUUAUCCUAGGGGGCUGUUCGUCGACACAUUGGGUACCAUCUAUGUGACAGACAUGUUGAAUUAUCGAGUGAUGCGUUGGCCUAAAGGAGCGAAACAAGGCACUAUCAUUGUGGGUGGAAACGGUAAAGGAGCAGGAGCAAAUCAGUUCAACGAUCCUUUAGAUUUGUCCUUCGAUCGACAUGGCAAUCUCUAUGUCGUCGAGUGGGGGAAUGCUCGUGUUCAACGUUUUUCAAUCAAAUAG